UAGCAUUGCAUAGAUGAGCGCAUGUCCCGUUUUGCAUAACUAUAAUAUCGGGACAUCUAUGACUUUGAUACGGGAGAGGGGCUCAUCUCAUUUUUCAAAUCAAUGUGAGGAGGAGUUUCUCGUAGACUAAGCGACCAGGGAUGCUGCGUCAUAAUCUGAAUGCUUAUUACUACAUGCGCGUUUGAACAAGGGGUUGAAAACCUACGAACAGUAAUAAUACCGGGUAAAAGAAGAUGGACAUCAGAGACCAAGGCGCUCAAAUGGAGCCGCUUCUGCCCACGGUAAUUGAACCUGGAAGCAGAGGCGUGAGGAACGAUGAGGAGGCUGUGGUGGACCAGGGAGGGGCGAGGUCCAUGCUGAAGACCAACUUUGAGAAGGAGGAGCUUGAAGGCCACCGGACUCUCUACAUCGGCGUGCACGUGCCACUGGGCCGGAAGACCCACCGGAGGCACAGGCACCACGGCCACCGGCACCGGAGGAGGAGCCGGGAGAGGGACAGCGGGGUGGACGAUGGCCGUGAGUCGCCCUCCUACAACACCCCAUCUCAGAGAGUGCAGUUCCUACUGGGCACAGAGGAUGACGACGAGGAGCACAUCCCCCACGACCUCUUCACACAGCUGGACGAGAUCUGCUGGCGGGAAGGGGAGGACGUCGAGUGGAGAGAGACGGCCAGGUGGCUGAAGUUUGAGGAGGAUGUGGAGGAUGGCGGAGAGAGGUGGAGUAAGCCGUACGUGGCCACUCUCUCGCUGCACAGCCUGUUUGAGCUGCGCUCCUGCAUCCUUAACGGCACCGUGCUGCUGGACAUGAGAGCCACCUCGCUGGACGAGAUCGCAGAAAUGAUCCUGGACCACCAGGAGGCCGCCAUUCCUCUGGGAGACGACAUCCGUCGUAAAGUCCGCGAGGCACUCCUCAAGCAGCACCAUCACCAGAACCAGAAGAAGCUGGCUAACCGCAUCCCCAUUGUGCGCUCCUUCGCAGACAUCGGCAAGAAGCAGUCCGAGGCUCACAACAUGGACAAAAACGGUCAGAUGAUCUCUCCCCAGACACUCCCCAUGGCCCCAGAGGGGAAGAGUGAGGUGAGCCGAGAGAACAGUGCCGUGGACUUCAGCAAGAUAGACCUACAUUUCAUGAAGAAGAUUCCACCGGGGGCCGAGGCCGCCAACAUCCUGGUGGGAGAGCUGGACUUCCUGGACAAGCCUGUGGUAGCGUUUGUGCGCCUUUCCCCUGCGGUGAUGCUGAAUGGCAUAGCAGAGGUCCCCAUCACGUCCAGAUUCCUUUUCAUUUUAUUGGGGCCUGUGGGAAAAGGCCAGCAGUACCAUGAGAUCGGUCGAUCCAUUGGAGUUUUGAUGACCGACGAGGUCUUUCAUGACGUGGCGUACAAAGCAAAGGAUCGCAAGGACAUUGUGGAUGGCAUUGAUGAAUUCCUCGACCAAGUAACAGUUCUGCCACCAGGAGAGUGGGAUCCUUCCAUAAGAAUAGAGCCUCCCAAAAAUGUUCCUUCCCAGGAGAAGCGGAGAAUCCCAGGUGUACCCAACGGCACCACCGACAUUGGAGAAGCUGAGGAGCAUGGGGGACACGGUGGCCCAGAAUUGCAACGCACAGGGAGGCUCUUUGGAGGAUUAAUCUUGGACAUCAAGCGCAAGGCACCGUUCUACUUGUCAGACUACACGGACGCCCUGAGUCUGCAGUGCAUGGCGUCCUUCCUCUUCCUGUACUGUGCCUGCAUGUCGCCUGUCAUCACGUUUGGGGGCCUGCUGGGCGAGGCCACUGAGGGCCGCAUAAGUGCAAUUGAAUCGCUGUUUGGAGCCUCAAUGACGGGUAUCGCUUAUUCCCUAUUUGCUGGACAGCCACUCACUAUUCUGGGCAGCACUGGGCCUGUGUUGGUGUUUGAGAAGAUUUUGUUCAAAUUCUGCAAGGAGUACGGCCUAUCCUACCUCUCCUUAAGAUCCUGCAUCGGGUUGUGGACGGCGUUCUUCUGUCUGCUCCUGGUGGCUACUGACGCCAGCUCGCUGGUGUGCUACAUCACACGCUUCACUGAGGAGGCCUUCGCCGCUCUCAUCUGCAUCAUCUUCAUCUACGAGGCCUUGGAGAAGCUCAUCCACCUGGGAGUGCACUACCCCAUCAACAAGAACAACGACCUGGAGAAGCUCACGCAGUACUCAUGCGCCUGUAUCGAGCCUCAGGAUCCAAACAACGCCACCCUGCAGUACUGGGAGGACAACAACAUCACGGCCUCCGAGAUCUACUGGGAGGCCCUAGAAGUCAAGGAGUGCAUUGAGAAGCGCGGUGUGUUUGUAGGGAAGGCCUGUGGCCCUCACGGCCCUUACAUCCCUGAUGUCCUCUUCUGGUCCGUGGUGCUCUUCUUCUCCACUGUCGCCAUGUCUGCUUUCCUCAAGGACUUCAAGACCAGCCGCUACUUCCCCACCAAGGUGAGGUUAAUUAUCAGUGACUUUGCUGUGUUCAUCACCAUUCUCACCAUGGUGUUUGUGGACUAUGCCUUGGGGGUCCCAUCACCCAAGCUGCAAGUCCCCAGUGUGUUCAAGCCAACCAGAGAUGAUCGUGGUUGGUUGAUCAACCCUCUGGGACCCAACCCCUGGUGGACCAUCAUCAUCACCUGCAUCCCUGCCCUUCUAUGCACCAUCCUCAUCUUCAUGGACCAGCAGAUCACUGCCGUCAUCAUCAAUAGGAAGGAACACAAGCUGAAGAAAGGCUGUGGGUACCACCUGGACCUGUUCGUGGUGGGCGUGAUGCUGGGCGUGUGCUCGGUGAUGGGGUUGCCGUGGUUCGUGGCGGCCACCGUGCUCUCCAUCUCCCACGUCAACAGCCUGAAGCUAGAGUCGGAGUCCUCAGCACCCGGCGAGCAGCCCAAGUUCCUGGGCAUCCUCGAGCAGCGCUUCACUGGACUCAUGAUCUUCACCCUGAUGGGCUGCUCCGUCUUCAUGACCUCCGUGCUCAAGUUCAUCCCCAUGCCUGUGCUGUAUGGAGUAUUUCUCUACAUGGGUGCAUCAUCACUGAAAGGAAUACAGGAGGAGCAGAGCAUUCUGGGAGAGGAAGAAGGAGUUGUGCAAGUGCCAUUGGAGGGACAUUACAAAGAUGAUCCUUCCACAGUAAACAUUUCAGAUGCAAUGUCGAAAUCCUCCUUUGGGAAUACGUGGAACUCAGACUCUAAGAAUAAAAGCUCCCAUUCCUAACCUUUAGAAGCUGAUCCCCAAAGCAGUGAGAAAAGGAGAGAAGCAACGUGACGUGGAGAAGGGCUGCGACGACAAAGAGACGAAUCUCUGACAUUUCCCUCCUUCACUGUGUCUCUCUCUCUCACACACACACACACACACACACACACCAGUAUGUGGUGCCACUCUUUUACCACUCCUCUUCGUGUCCGUCCCGUAGAUCCAUUUUCUGUACAGUGCAACAGGGGUCGCACAGAUUUUAGCUGUUAUGUCUGAAAAUAAUUUGUUUGACAAAUUGAAAACAACAGAGACACCGUCAUUAUGAUUUAUUUACUAGUGUUUAUACAUGUAAUUGAGUACCAGCAGCCAAGGAGAUGUGUUGGUGGGGUCUGCUUUGUCUGUGAACCUGGAAUUGAAUGAGAAAGUCUGAAUCACAAGAAGAGACUAUUUUAAAAGCAACCUUUGUUUUCAUUGACAACCUUAUGUAUUUUGUAUGUUUUGUAUUUUUGGAAAACACAUAAAUCUCUCUGUAUUCUUCAAAGUGUUAAUCAAUGUUGAACAAUAGAUGCUGUAGAUUUAAGCAGGAAAAGCAAUUAGUGUUCAAAACGUAUCAUAUACACAACUACUGCCAAAACUAAGGCCAUAUGCAUGGAGCUAUUUACAUUGUCAAACAUACUCGCUGUUCAUAGAGAAAAGAAAAAUUAAUAUAUAUUUUAAAGUAUUAAUUAUAAUAUUUUCUCAGUAUUUAGAGAAGAGAUGCUAAACUCUUGUUUCUUUGUAAUGAGAUAAAUAUUUUAUUGAAAAAUGGAUAGAUAUCAUCUGCACUACAUGCCAAUUCAUCUCAUGCACAUUGAAGUGGCUGCUUAUUCCUGUCUUGAUUGUAUAUAUCUUACUGAAGAUCUAUCAAAGAGAUUCAUCACUUAUCACGGCACGCACAUUCGUUGACCUCAUGCCAAAGUCUAGACUGCUUUCAUGGUGAAAAAUAAAAAUCCUAUCUCUACAUAAGUAUUUAUCAGUGCACCACUAUCAUCAACACACAGAACACGCUUACAUAUCAUGUAGAGUUUUGCGUAGUGAGAAACAAAGCUUCUCAGAGAUGAUUGUACUCUCUGCCUAUUGCCAAGGUUGUGUUGCAGAAAGUUGCAUCUAAUAAAUGAAUGAUUAAUCAAUAAAGGCCAAGGUUGUACUUGAAAUGUCUAGUGAGCGGCAAAUUAAAGUAUAGCCAAAUUUAGAAACAAAUGCAAUAGUACUUUAGAAGGGCAGAUCAAAUUAUUUCUAGAUUAUUUUUGGAUGAGACAGAUUACUUUGCACAAUAAAUAUAAACCUGUAACAUGAUUUUAUUUAUGUUUUAAUAGUAACACUCACAUACCACAUAUUAUGAACAUUGUAAGCUUGUGUUGUAUGUGUUUUAUAGACUGAUUCUUUCUUACUCAUCUCAUAAAAUUGGGCCUGGUGAUUCAUGAUUUGAUGAGAUCCAGGAAGGUAUUCCAUGAAAAGCUGGUAUUGAUGAUACCAAUCAAUGAUACAUUUAUCUUCAGUCACUUGUGUAAUCAUUUUGAUUUGUGUCUGCCAAUAUCUGCGUUUAAAGUCAUUUGUUUUAUCUUUUUUUUUGGUGGGGGAUUUAAUGAACUAGAAUCUAUUAAAUGAAAUGUAAAGUUAUUAUUGAUUUAGUCUUAAUGUUACAGUAUUUAUUAAAUGUGUAAAAUGUGGUAUGAAAUAAACUGAUGUAAUUUA